AUGGUGAUACAUGUCUGUGAUGAAGCCAAGGACUUGAAGAAAGAUUUUUUCUGUCCGCGUGAUUUAUUGGUGAAGGAAAUGAAAUAUUUCGCUGAGUAUUUGUCUUCUGAUGCCCAACGUUGGGAGGAAGUUGAUAUCUCAGUCCAUUGUGAUGUCCAGAUCUUUGAUUGGUUGAUGAAAUAUGCCAAAAGACAUUUAAGCCAAUCAGACAUUGAGAGACCAAAACUGGAACCUGGAAAUGUUGUAUCCAUUUUGAUUUCCUCUGAUUUCUUAAAGAUGGAUUCCUUGGUACAAGAAUGUAUAGAGUUUUGUUAUAAGAAUAUAUCAGCUAUAGUGAGCACCAACUGUAAUAUGAACUGUAUUAAUGAUACAUUGUUAUCAAGAAUUGCUGACCUGUUUUCACAUACAGAAGGUGAUGAAAUACUGGAUAGAAAAGAUAAAUUUAAAAGUAAAUUAUUUAGUAAAAAACUAGAGAAAUUGUUUGAUAGGAAUUAUAACAGUCCUGAUUCACUGGGCUCGGCAUCUAGUCUACACAGAUGUAGUGUAUGUAAGAGACUGUUAACAGAUACUAUGAAGAAAAGAGUGAAAUGUAUGCCUAGCAGAAUGACAAUAGAUAAACAUGGAAACUUAACAUACAGUCAUCUUCGCGAUACAUCAUUUGAUGUCAACGAAUAUCUUAUAGAUUUAAAAUCUCAGUUGAAAACAUGGAAAGAUGUAUACUGGAGAGUAUGGGGAACUAUUAAUACUUUACCUUGUAGUAGAUGUUCUGAAAUCUUUCCUUUAGUCGAGUUUGGACAUUGUAAAUACCAUCCUGAGGCUCCCCGCUACGACAAUUCUAUACUAGAGGGGGGUUCUUGUAUUGGUAAUUACCCAUGCUGCCAUCAAAAUACACUGAGAUUUGAUCCAACACAGCAAAAUAAGGGAUGUCGUGUAAAAGACCAUAUAGUAUAUAUCAACGAGAACACUUCAUCUUCAUCACCUGAUGUCACUCUUCAACAACAUCAGAAAGUUUACGAUGAUUUAUUAGCUCAUAGAGAAAUCAUCUGUGUCCCUUAUCAACGUCCAACAGAG